AUGGAGAGAUUCAUGUCUUAUUUUGACCUGCCAGGCUACCGUCUCCGUUCGAGUGACUUCCCGAGGUACUUUUCUGAAAAGGACUGGGAGCCGCUAGUUUCUCUGAUCAGUCGGUUGAAGAAGUUAAAAGCGAUGCAUUACGCCGUGGCUAAUUCGUUUCCGAGGUCAUUGCUUGAUGCCGUCCAUCAACAUCACCCAGAAUGUGAAAUCAACAUCUGGAGCCCUCAAAGCCUCCGGCUGGACACUCCAGGUGUUGAUCUGGAAUAUACUUUCAAUAGCUCUCGUCAACCUUCAGAGGUCAGCAACGACCCUUUUGAUAUGGAGAUCCUCCGCUCGCCCUGUCUCCAAGCGAUCAAAUUAGACUAUCCACUCAUUACGCGCGGAUGGCCCAACGGCAUAUUCCACCCGUAUCAAAUGAUCCCGUACGUUUGGCAAGCACCCAAUCUCAAGCAUGUCUAUCUACAACUCGAUACUCGCUGGCCGGGCGAUUUGUUAGAUGCCAUUCAAAAGCUCCCUGAGAGCAGCGCCCAUGGAGAUCAACGGACGACCUUGGAUUCUUUUGCUCUGCAAUCGCAAAUCCUCGAGGAACCCAUUCUAUCAAAAUGGAUUCAAACAAUGGACUUUUCCGCUUUGCGGAGCCUGCACGUCCCCAGAAUAGACUACCCGUCUUCCUUGAAAGAUGCAGCAGCGGGAUUAGUGAACCUGGAGAGGCUGUUCAUAUGUGUUGCUCCCGGGCGAGACGGAUGGGAGCAGAUAUCUGGGGAGCUAGAAUGUAUCUUUCAACGGCUCAGGCCAUUGAAAUACCUGUCCCUCGAAGCCCUCGAGCAUGUUACAUUCCUUCAUACGAUUCUUGGGAGGCACGGCCCAUCUCUGUUGGGUCUUAUGUUAGAGCCCCACGAGACAUGUCGGUCACGUACAUCUCCUCCUCUGAAGCCCCAAUACACCGGAUGGGCAUACCCAUUCCUGGAUCAUGUCCAUCUGCAGCGGAUUGCGGAAAGUUGUCCCAAUCUAAAGGAACUUCGCAUCCCUAUUCGUCGGACAAAAGGUAGCAACGAGGAAGUCCGCACUUACCGAUCGCUGGGGAAAUUUUCUCGUCUUCAGAACUUGAUUCUUGAUCUUUACGGGAACCCACGCCCAGUGAUCUCAAAAGAGGAGGGGAUAUUCUCAGAUGAAGGCGUGGGAAGAUCUCCUCCAGUACAUGUGAGUCUCCGGGACGCAUUCAUCAACUUUGCUACGGAUAGUGCACUAGCAACGGCCAUCUGGAAAGAGAUUUCCUCUCAACAGCCGAUCCGAAGUUUGCUCCGGCUUCGUGUGUCUCCGUGGGGUUAUAAUAUCCACGACGAGGAGGAAGUCUAUGCAUUCCUACAGUUGGCGGGGUCAUACCUCGUCACCCACGGUGGAAGAAAAGUCGUCGAGAUCGGAAGGGAUGAAAAGAAAGACGAACAGGAGGCUCUCGCCGAAAGGGACGAGUUUGAAGAUACACGGCCGUUUAGGGUGCCCCGGAGGAUUACGCGAACCCUCCACUCUAUUUGGCCACCAGAGUCCAGUGAUACGGACUGGACUACUAGCUGGAGGAGCUUUCCUUUGCAAACUGAUGCUUGA